UGAGGACCGGGAGCCAGCCAGUGAGCGGAGCCUGGGAGAGGGAGGAGCACAUCUUGAUGCAGAGAUGCUGCAGUGGCUCCGGCGCGCACACACACGCGCACACACACACGCACACACACACAUACGCGCGCCCUCACCCGCCACCGCCACCGCCACUGCCACCACCGCGGCGGCCGCACCAGGACAGCAGCGAGCGGCUGAGGCGAGCAGGGAGGAGAGGAGGACAGCGCAGGGGCUGGCAGCCGGGCUGGGUCCCGGUCCCCGCCUGGAGCAGCGUCCCCCUGCCCCGGCCAACACCCUUCCUCCACCCCAGGUCCUUCUCAGCCUCCAGCCAGACUCUCCCUGUGCUGGGCUGAGGCUCCUCUCCGCCCCUCUGCUCCCCACCUCGGCCUGGAACACCCACUAUGGGGACACCCGCCCGGAGGCAGUCACACUUGCUAAUGCUGGUCGCUGUGGCCCUUGUCUCCACUCCAGCUUGGAGCUCCGCCCAGGGAUCCCCGGCCACCUUUGGGCCUGUCUUUGAAGACCAGCCCCUAGGCCUGCUAUUCCCAGAGGAGUCCACAGAGGAGAAGGUGACACUGGCCUGCCGCGCCCGGGCCAGCCCUCCAGCCACCUACAGGUGGAAGAUGAAUGGCACAGAGAUGAAGCUGGAGCCAGGUUCCCGUCACCAGCUGGUCGGGGGCAACCUGGUCAUCAUGAACCCUACCAAGGCCCAGGAUGCCGGCGUCUACCAGUGCCUGGCUUCCAACCCAGUGGGCACCGUUGUCAGCAGGGAGGCUGUCCUCCGCUUCGGCUUUCUGCAGGAAUUCUCCAAGGAGGAGCGAGACCCAGUGAAAACCCACGAAGGUUGGGGGGUGAUGCUGCCCUGUAACCCGCCUGCCCACUACCCAGGCUUGUCCUACCGCUGGCUCCUCAACGAGUUCCCCAACUUCAUCCCGACGGACGGGCGUCACUUCGUGUCCCAGACCACAGGGAACCUGUACAUCGCCCGGACCAACGCCUCGGACCUGGGCAACUACUCCUGCCUGGCCACCAGCCACAUGGACUUCUCCACCAAGAGCGUCUUCAGCAAGUUUGCCCAGCUCAACCUGGCUGCGGAAGACACCAGGCUCUUUGCACCCAGCAUCAAGGCCCGGUUCCCAGCAGAGACCUACGCGCUGGUGGGGCAGCAGGUCACCCUAGAGUGCUUCGCCUUCGGGAACCCCGUCCCCAGGAUCAAGUGGCGCAAAGUGGACGGCUCCCUGUCCCCGCAGUGGGCCACAGCCGAGCCCACCCUGCAGAUCCCCAGCGUGGGCUUCGAGGACGAAGGCACCUACGAGUGUGAGGCGGAGAACUCCAAGGGCCGUGACACCGUUCAGGGCCGCAUCAUCGUGCAGGCUCAGCCUGAGUGGCUCAAGGUGAUCUCAGACAUGGAGGCUGACAUAGGUUCCAACCUGCAUUGGGGCUGCGCAGCCGCUGGCAAGCCUCGGCCCACAGUGCGCUGGCUGCGGAACGGGGAGCCUCUGGCCUCCCAGUCCCGGAUAGAAGUGCUGGCCGGGGACCUGCGGUUGUCCAAGCUGAGCCUGGAGGACUCGGGCAUGUACCAGUGUGUGGCGGAGAACAAGCAUGGCACCAUCUAUGCCAGUGCCGAGCUGGCCGUGCAAGCACUCGCCCCCGACUUUAGGCUGAAUCCUGUAAGGCGUCUGAUCCCCGCAGCCCGAGGGGGUGAGAUCACCAUCCCCUGUCAGCCCCGGGCAGCUCCCAAGGCCGUGGUGCUCUGGAGCAAAGGCACCGAGAUCUUGGUCAACAGCAGCAGAGUGACUGUAACUCCAGAUGGCACCCUGAUCAUAAGAAACAUCAGUCGGUCAGAUGAAGGCAAAUACACCUGCUUUGCUGAGAAUUUCAUGGGCAAAGCCAACAGCACAGGCAUCCUGUCUGUGCGAGAUGCAACCAAGAUCACCCUAGCCCCCUCGAGUGCCGACAUUAACUUGGGAGAUAACCUGACCCUGCAGUGCCACGCCUCCCACGACCCCACCAUGGACCUCACCUUCAUCUGGACCCUGGAUGGCUUCCCCAUCGACUUCGACAAGCCUGGAGGCCACUACCGAAGGGCCAAUGUGAAGGAGACAGUUGGGGAUCUGACCAUCCUGAACGCCCAGCUGCGCCACGGCGGGAAGUACACGUGCAUGGCCCAGACGGUGGUGGACAGCGCAUCCAAGGAGGCCACAGUCCUGGUCCGAGGUCCGCCAGGCCCCCCAGGAGGCGUGGUGGUGAGAGACAUCAGUGACACCACUGUCCAGCUUAGCUGGAGCCGCGGCUUUGACAACCAUAGCCCUAUCGCCAAGUACACCCUGCAAGCCCGCACGCUACCUGCAGGGAAGUGGAAGCAGGUUCGAACCAAUCCUGCCAACAUUGAGGGCAAUGCCGAGACUGCCCAGGUACUGGGCCUCACCCCCUGGAUGGACUAUGAGUUCCGGGUCUUAGCGAGCAACAUCCUGGGCACUGGGGAGCCCAGUGGCCCCUCCAGCAAAAUCCGGACCAAGGAAGCAGCCCCCUCAGUGGCACCGUCAGGUCUCAGCGGAGGUGGUGGAGCCCCCGGAGAGCUCAUCGUCAGCUGGACGCCCGUGUCACGGGAGUACCAGAACGGAGACGGCUUCGGCUACCUGCUGUCCUUCCGCAGGCAGGGCAGCGCUAGCUGGCAGACCGCCCGGGUGCCCGGCGCCGACGCCCAGUACUUCGUCUACAGCAACGACAGUGUCCGGCCCUACACACCCUUUGAGGUCAAGAUCCGCAGCUACAACGGCCGCGGGAAUGGGCCCGAGAGCCUCACCGCGCUCGUGUACUCGGCUGAGGAAGAGCCCAGGGUGGCCCCUACCAAGGUCUGGGCCAAGGGGGUCUCGUCCUCAGAGAUGAACGUGACCUGGGAACCCGUGCAGCAGGACAUGAAUGGCAUCCUCCUGGGGUACGAGAUCCGCUACUGGAGAGCCGGGGACAAAGAAGCAGCCGCUGACCGAGUGAGGACAGCAGGGCUGGACACCAGUGCCCUAGUCACUGGCCUGCACCCCAACACCAAGUACCACGUGACUGUGCGGGCCUACAACCGGGCCGGCACUGGGCCUGCCAGCCCUUCGGCCAAUGCCACAACCAUGAAGCCCCCUCCACGGCGACCCCCUGGCAACAUCUCCUGGACUUUCUCGAGCUCCAGUCUUAGUAUUAAGUGGGACCCGGUGGUCCCUUUCCGAAAUGAGUCUGCAGUCACAGGUUAUAAGAUGCUGUACCAGAACGACUUACACCCGACUCCCACGCUGCACCUCACCAGCAAGAACUGGAUAGAAAUUGCAGUUCCCGAAGACAUUGGCCAUGCCCUGGUGCAGAUUCGGACCACAGGACCUGGAGGGGACGGGGUCCCAGCAGAAGUCCACAUCGUGCGGAAUGGAGGCACAAGCAUGAUGGUGGAGAACUCGGCAGUCUGUCCAGCCCCACAUCCCGGCACCGUCCUCUCCCACUCCAUGGCCACGCUGAUCCUCAUAGGCUACCUGGAGCUCUGAUCUCAGCACCCUUCCCUCUCCACCACAGCUGGACACCCACCUCCAAUGGACACAGCCAGCUGGCCCCAGUCCCUUCCCGAUGCCAAGGUGGCCCAACACUGUGCCCGAAAAUGGCUGGAUUUCAAUGCCGACUUUAAGCAGUGCCCUUUUCAUAGGAGGUAGGAUAUUUCAUAUUCUGCCACAAGACAGAAAACCCAUGCGAGGAUUUUUUUUUCUUUGAAACAAGAGGUACCAGGCAGUAACUUCCAUGAUGACACUGAACCCUAUGCCUGGGCCUUCUUGGGUGCCUGGAUGGAAGGACGGUCUACAGGAAGAAGGGGGUUUUAAGCAUCCAUCUGCACAUCAGUGGCCAUGGCACUCUGGGGGCCGCGAAUGGACUGUCCCCGAGAGCAGAGUCCUCAGCCCGGUGGAAAUGCUGGACAUGGAUGGGCUGAAGUGGGACAGAGUAUCAACAGCGGCACCCCUCAGGCUGAGGAGAGGGCCAGACCUUGCGACCAGGGGCUCUCCUACUUUCUCCUCUGGAAGGGCAGCAUGGCUGAACCCCGACAUUGUCCUCAAUGGCUCCCUGGAGGCCCCUCCACCAGCCGCAGUGGCUGAGAACUAUUGCCCUGGUGUCUGGGGCCCAGAGCCCGAGCCCUGCAGCUCUUGGGGGUGACACCCCAGACUGCCAGGGUGCAAGCUUAGAAGGGUUCAGAGGCUGGGACAGCUGGUGGAAAGGGGCACAAUCCAGAGACAUGGGCCUCUUAGCCAACACUGCCAACCCGACCCUGUCACCCCAGAGUGACAGAAGCCACUUCAGGUGGCUGGGUGACACAAGGGCUUGUCUUGAGGAGGUCCCUUGCCACAUCAAGACCCCUCCUGCACAGUCCCUCCAGGGUGCGAGCAGGAGGCAGGGCUCAUGCACCCACCGCCCUCCUCCAGCAGAAGGCAGCGUUCACUCUGUGUGUCCCGGAGGCAGGAGCCUUCUGAGAAGGGCAGAGGAUAAAUGCGGCCCUGCCUGCUUCCAGGAGUACCCUGGGCCACCUGGCGACCCCAGCUGGCGACCCCCUGUAGGCUGCCUUGGACUGCUCUUUUGCAUUUCCCCAGAAGACAAAGGGGUAAAUAAAUGGGACAUCCAGCUUGCGCUCUGGGUGUAUGACCAGUCACAGCACGUCAGAGCUGGAAGAGGCUUUGGACCUCAACUUGCCCAAGCCCCUCCCUCCCAGAUGACAAGCGGAGGCUGGAAGGGGCUGGGCCUCCCUCAGUCACACAGCCUGUCAGUGACAGUCUGGGCUAGCGCUCCUCUCCCACCUUCCUGUUCCAGGCUCUUUGUCCAGAGGAAGGGGACAGUGCUGAAUGGCUACAACCCGGUUUAAAAAGUGGGCUAUGAAAAUUCUGCUUCAAAGGCUCAGGUGGGUGACGGUGGGGUGAUGGGCACGGCUGGGUCCCAGCCCAAGGCGCAGACAGACUGCAGGAGCCCCAGUCUUGCUUUGCCUUCCAAGCCCAGCUUCUGUGGGGACCCCAAUGUGCAGUGCUGGCUUGAAGCCCCCCGCUCCCCUUACCCUUGCUCCAAGAAAAGAGGCCAAAGCCAGGACGAGGAUUCCCCAAAUCCAGGCGGCAGAGGCGGCACAACCAGGAAAUCCCAAAGCCGAUGUUGUGACAGGUGGCCCUUCACAGGCAGGAGCAGCGGGCCAGGCGUCUUAGAGGGGACAGGCCCUCGGAGCCUGGUUUCUGUCGUUUACAGUUAGAGCUCUAUUUUGUUAUGGUUUUUAAAUUUUUAAGUCCUGCUCUGUUUUCCUGGGCAGGUUUAUGUUGACGUUCACCCACUGCAAUUUUUUAAAAACGUAAGCUCACACCCCUUCUCCCCGCCACCACUGUACCCACCAGCCAGCCCCUGGCCCAGGACUGCCUCCCUGGAGCCAUCUGAUCAAACCCGCCUCACCUGCUCCCGCCCUUCACCCCCCAUGCAAGGUGCUGGGGGCUCAGCGAAGGGACCAUUCUCCCAUGACAGGGACCCCAGACUCGGCCCAGCGUCCACCUGUUCCCCCGUGGCUGUGAUUUGGCCUGAACCAGCUCUAUCAGAAAGAGGAUGCUGAGAGGAGGAAACCUGCCCCCUAGGUUUAGCUGGUUCUUUCCUUGCUGCCUUGGGCUGCCGUGGGGGAAGCAAAGAGACAGGUGUCUAGACGCUGGGCCAAGACAGAGGAGCUGGUUUGGCACAGGACGUCACCAGGGCGGCUGGAGGCCGCAGUCCCUAAGCUUGCUUGAAGCAGGAGAUACAAUGACCAAGAGUCUUAGUUCUAAGGAGGCAGACACUCCCUCUGGGAAACCCAGGAAGGGUUUUUAACUAGGAAAACUCAGCCUCAGGAAAACCUAAGCACUGUGCGGGCAGAGCUAUUUUGGGAGACACAGAACUGUACGAAAAGGGAUGUUCCUGCCGCCUGAGACUUCAGGUAGAGUACAGAUUAAGAUUUAAUAGGACAGCAGGUAACUUGAGGACGUGCAGGCACAUAAAAUGGAACAGCCUCUCGUUGAGGUGGGUCUACAGGCGUUCGCGUGGAGGCAGAGGACGAGGUUAGACAGCUUCUCAGAAUCCCUUCCUGCCCAGCAGGCCUCUGAUUUUCACCUUCUCUGCUCGCCUGGGCUGAGGCUGGCUCCUGCUGGGGUCACGACUCGACUCUGGAUCUCUCCUCUCCCACACACCAAGCCCCAGACGAGGCAACCAAGAGGAAAUAGCCACAAACAAGUGCUUCACGCCACGGCUUAGUGGCCAGUAAGUGCCUGAGGUCCAGGGACAGAGACGGCCUGCAGACAGCAUUUCAGGGCCCAGGAGACGGUCUCUCCUGUCUGCGUGUGCUGGGCCGUCUGCCCCUGGCUACUCGGUCCUCGUCGCUCUCAGUGUCAAUGUAUACCUCACCCCCAGGGGGAGGGCAGCUCUCAGGGCCCAGCAAGGUCAGGUUACCUACUUUCAUUCAGGGCAUCAAAUGAUACAGGGGGUGCCAGGAAACAGGAGGGCCAUGGAAAUGGAGAGUUCUUUUUCUUUUGAUGAAAUGACAGGAGAGAUCGAGGGUGGGUGUCUCUGCAAGGAGACCCUGGAAUGAGUAUUUAGGGGAUUCUUCCUUUCAAGGGAACUUUGAGGAACUUUCAUAGCUGUUGGUCUGAGGUCUAGGCUAGGGACACUUACAGUGAGACACUGAGAUUCGUGGAAUCAGAAGGCGUUCAGCACAGGUAGAGUCUUGGAGCUCCCGUCCGCUGUGGCCCCUGCAGCGUGGGGCGGCGACUGCAGUCACACAGUCCCUUAAGGGGAAGGCUCACCCCAAGGAUUCUUUUCUGCCUCUUGGCACUUCCAGGAGCCCAUCCAGUCUACCCUGGACAAGAGACCGAGCUGGCUCUGAGAAUUUUCUACUCUCUUCAUCUCUUCCCCAGCUGGAGGACUCUCUUUGCUCUUCCUGGUCUCAGAAUGUGAUAGCCAGCUGGGCCCUCUGCAUGGGAAGGACAGCAGUAGCCUCACACCUGGGUUUGAGGCACAGGUGUGGUGCCCUGUCUCCCUGGCUCAGCACCUAACCUGGGCUUCGUCCUGGAGAUGAGCAAGGCUGCCAGAGAGGCUCCUGGAGUGGCACGCGGGGUGAGAUGGGCAUUUUUAAGAGGCCUCAAAGAGCUCCAUGGAAAGAGGUGCCUGGUAGCUGUAUGUAUAUAUACGUAUACACUCAUAGGCUUUGGGAGGGCAGGACAAUAAAGGGAAACUGGAGAGGAAAAAAAGGGGUUGGAUGGCCUUUCCCAGAGCCCUAGGAAGCCUCGUGGCCUCAGGUGGGGUGCACCUGCCUUGGCCCCCAGACUCCACCUGACCCACCCCCUCCAGGGCCUGCAUAGCUUAGUGAAGUUCCCGGUGGGGCAAGGGUAAGGCUUCGCUGGACCACUGACAUAACUCAGUUUUUGUUACAACAGACCCGCUCCCGUUGGCCUAUUGUCUCUCGUAUACUUCUUGUAAUGGUAGUUAUUUAUUGACUCUGGUAGCGGGCAGUUCUUAAAUAAAGACGGUUUCUCAACCUGCCGAGGCAGCUGGCACCA